AUGAAACAGGCAGACGCAGACAAUGGACUAAAAGAGGUGAAAGAGGAGAGGAGAGACCUUGAGACAGAGAGUGACGAGGCGGCAGCGCAGGCGCUGGGGACAGUGGCAGGCCUAGGGGUGGGGGCAUGGCCGUGGGGGGGCCGCAUCCCGUCCUCCACCCUGCACCGGGACAGGCGCUGGGGCUGGGGGUCCUGGGGGUCCUGGGGUCCAUCCAGGGGAGCUCCCAGGCUCUCCGAGCUCAGGCCGUGGCUAAGUGGCAGCACCGCCACGACGGCAGGGGGCGGAGGUAGUAGUGGGGGAGGAGGCGGGGCGGAGAAAGGAGGCAGGGUGAGAUGCACUCGGAGGUUUUGGGUUCUCCUCGGCUCGCUGGUUCUCGUCUUCCUCACCUCGCUCUUCUUCUCUGUGUCGCUCCGUGGGGGCGUUGGCUUCAACUACCUGGAGCCGCCCGGGUGGGAGGAGUCGAGGCGGGUGAAGCUGGUGCCCAGCUACGUUGGCGCGCACAGGCUGUCACCGCCAGACACCCAGCAGCAGAAGACAUGUGCCUGCCCACGCUGUGUCGGAGACCCCGGGGUUUCUGAUUGGUUCGACGAGAACUACGACCCGGAUAUCUCACCUGUGUGGACCAGAGACAACAUCCAGCUGCCCUCUGAUGUCUACUACUGGUGGGUGAUGUUACAGCCUCAGUUUAAGCCCCACAGCAUCCAGCAGGUGUUGCUGAGGUUGUUCCAGGUGAUCCCCGGGAGGUCGCCGUACGGCUCGUGGGAUCCGGGACGCUGCCUGCGCUGCGCCGUGGUGGGGAACUCCGGAAACCUCCGCGGGGCCGGAUAUGGGGCGACCAUUGAUGGACACAACUACAUCAUGAGGAUAAACCUGGCGCCCACGGUGGGCUACGAGGAAGACGCCGGCAGCCACACCACUCACCACUUCAUGUACCCGGAGAGCGCCAAGAACCUGGCGGCCAACGUCAGCUUCGUCUUGGUUCCCUUCAAAACGUUGGAUCUCGUCUGGAUCACCAGCGCCUUGUCCACGGGCCAGAUUCGAUUUACCUACGCUCCAGUGAAGCAGUUCCUCCGUGUAGACAAAGACAAGGUCCAGGUCUUCAACCCAGCAUUCUUUAAAUACAUCCAUGACCGCUGGACUAGACAUCACGGGCGCUACCCCUCCACUGGCAUGCUAGUGCUGUUCUUUGCCCUGCAUGUCUGUGAUGAGGUGAAUGUGUUUGGGUUCGGAGCAGACAGCCGGGGAAACUGGCACCACUACUGGGAGCAGAACCGCUACUCUGGAGAGUUCAGGAAGACCGGCGUCCAUGAUGCUGACUACGAAGCGCAAAUCAUCCAACGGCUGGCCAAGGCUGGCAAGAUCACUGUAUUCCCUGGGAAAUAACCAGCAAACCACCCCGUGUGUUUAAUGUUACAAUGCUGGUACGGCAACAGACACUAUAGAGGCAGAUUAGAACGUGUUAGAUAUACUCGCUUUCACUUACCUGCACCAGUUUGGGCUCCCAGUUUGAAGUAAAUGCUUACAGAAGGUGAUGAAACAGUCGCGAAAUGGUAUCAGAGAUCAUUUACUUUCCCUAAUAUUCAAGAGGUUGCCCACUAGACUUUUAGCAAUCAGGAACAGGGAGCAUCUAAAUGUUUUGCUCACUUUGGUCCGACACAAAAGUGGCGGUGGAACUUUAAAUUUGACGGUCGAGAAAUUGGCUCUUAGUAGUUUUCGACCUUUAACAGCAAGUGGAAGUGGAUCUCUUUUCCAGGGGCAACUUCAACUUCAGCCGGACAGCAGGAAAACUCAACCAGUCACCACAAAUAUAAAUGACCGCACAGGGAGAGCCAGAGAGGGAGAGAUCUCACAUGCAAGCGUCCCACCUCUGGACUCACUCUGGAUGUCUAACCCUCAUCCUUUAACAAAAAAAUACAGUAUGCUGUGCAGUGAAAAGGCCACAGAAACAGCACCGUCAGCAACUAGGAGACUAUUGUUCUGCAGCCAUGUGGUGUCUGAAAGUAACAAAGUGUGUAAAAACGCACUGUUCUUCACCUUCUAAGCUUGAGGGACUGGACUGCUGGCCGGCAGGCAAGACUGACACAAACUGUGGAGCUGCGAGAAGCCAUUGUGCUGUUGAACAUUUUGCACUUUGGGCCAUGACUUUCUUGAGAAAGAAGUCUUCUCAAGUCCUUUACGAGGCCAAAACUCACUUGCCACUUUUCACGGUCACAACUCCACUUCAUGUGAGCGUUGCAAGGAUCUCCUCUGACUGUGAUGGCUUGUAAAAUGGUCGGUUUUAAGACGACAGGUGAUUGCUGUGAGUUUAUAUUGUAUGACUGUCCUCUAAACUCUCAAAGGCUCAGUAAGCCCUCAACACCUGGCAGCAGACUCACAGAAACACAGUCAAGACUUUUGCCUUUUGGCCAUUCUGACUCAGAUAGAUCCCUGCAGCACCAGUAUGAGCUUCAGCUUCUGUAGAGCCGGUUAACCUGCUUUCAGACACCGCCGACCGCAGGCCAGUCUUUCCUCACAUCCAGACACAGGGAAGAAGUGUUGUGGGAGAAGUGUCGGUUCAACUGCGUGAGACUCUAAUGAGGCCAAAAGUCUGUCUCCUGGGGUUUCAUGUUUGGAUGGAGGCACGCUGGUUUGUGGACUGGAGUUUCAUCCCAUUGUGGUCUGUCAGGGUCUAAUUUGGGAGACGAGUAGACAGAGAGCCGGGGCACGAAGAACCAGUCUGACAAAGGCGGCAUGAGAAGCAUUUUUGCUUCUUUGUUUUUAAGGAUGAAAAGAAAAUACGUUGGUUUAUGUGCAGAAACUCUCGCCUCUGUACAAACUGUACUGGGUUCACCACUUUGGUUUUGAAAGGACUGAGACACAAAUGGGCUGCGCUCUGUCGUUUUUUCCUUUCACAGACCUGACUCCUGUAUCCCUGUGGACUUGGAGCCUGUCAGGAACAUUUCUGCUCAGAUUAAGGCCCGUGUAAUGGGGUGCAAGAAAACCCUACUGGAUCCGGGAAUUCUUAAACUCGUCAGCAGCUCAGCUUCAUUAACCACUAGCCCUGGUCCCCGCUCAACCAAUUAAAACUUCAGCUGUGUCUGGAGGGGGUGGAGCCACCAGACGCCUUAGACUUCACCUCUGUAUUACAUAAACUGCACUUCCUGUUCUGAUUUUCAUGUUGAUGACAUAUCCCAAUGCACACUGCAGCAGAUCUCAUCUGUUAGUUUAAUGCACUGUUUAGCUUUGAGUUUACACUUUGGCUGGAUUUAUUGUCGGCUCAGAUUAGACUUCCACCCAGGUGGCACAUUAAUGCUUCUUAUCAUGAUUUGGCAUCCUUAAAUAAUGCCCAUUUAUACAUUUAUAGCCUCCAUUGUUACUUAUUUACAUCUUAACACAGAGGCAUCAGUCAUGGAAGGGUGUCAAAAAACAGAUUCGUCAGUGGAAACCCGAAAAUGUGUGCCACGGAGAGGAGAGAAAAUAACAGUAUUUGGUUUGACCAGAGGCUGUAAAUCCAUCCAAAGACGCCGUGACAGAUGUGUUAAUCAAGAAGCAGCUGGUGGCUGAUAAUGAAGAGUACUCAGGGUUCCUACGCAGGUUUGGAAAAUAUGCAGAAGUGGUGAUUGAAAAGGUUUUUUUUAAGGUGCGACAAGUAAUUUUUCUCCUUUACACCAAUCUAAUGUAUGUAUUUAUGGCUUUGAGUGCUUGUUGAUCGGUAUUAAUGACUCAGCAGUAACUUAAUGUGAUGCUGAGAGCGCUGGAUUUUAAAACUCACUUCCCAGACUGCACUCUAUUUAGGAACAAAUUAGUAUUUAUGUCAGUUACAGGCUACUAAGUAUUUAAGUAUUGUUUGGAGCUCAAGGAUACGCACAAUGUGUUUUGUUGAGUAAGACUGAAUUUAAACAGAAACUGGACUUCAACAGCAAAUUAAUGGUCUAGAUCCAAAAA